GUCCGGGACCGGAAAGAGCUGCAGGCCGAGCUGAAGCGGGCCUUGGAUGCGGAGGUCUUAACCCGAGAGGAGGGCUUGGCAACGGAAAAACGGAGCAGGGAAGCCUCCAACGCACAGCUGGAUGAGCUCUUAAAGGUCAGCCUACUCGAGGAGCGGACUCAACGUGGGCUCUGCAUCGAGGACUGUCGCAAGGACCUGGCGGCUGUGAAGGGGCGCUUGGCCGAAGAGGGAGCUCGAAGGGACCACGACACGGCAGAGCGCCAGUUCGAACUCCAGAAACUCGAAACGGCCCUGGCCGACAUACACCGGGAGCGCUCCGCAGACGUCAGUCGCCUCAGGGACACCUUGGAACAUGUCCGCGGGGAGUUUCUGGAGGGCAGCAAGGCUUUGAAGGACGAGGUACUCAAGCUCGACGCUCGUUGCCUUGCCGACCGUGCGACAGCCGAGGGGAUCGGCAGAAUCGCCCGGGAGCAGGCCAUGGGGCUGGAGGCAGCGAUUCAGGGUGUCCACGAGGAUGUCACGCGGGAGGCGGACGAGCGCAACGAAGCGUUUCGGAGGUUAGAGAGCCGCAUCGCCGACGAGCGGCGGCAACUCGAUACUACAGCGGCCACCCAGCUGCGCUCCAUCGAGGAGCGCUUGCGGCAAGCGGAGGAAAACGCCAGGCACAGGCUGCUGGAAGAUUCGCGCCUGCCGGGAACGAAAGCA